AUGGGCUUCACUCCACUUAGCAACGCACCACACAGUCCGACAGGCUCCGACAAACACACUUUGACGAGACGACCAUGGCGACUCAACGUGACGGAUUUCCAAACGAUCAUUGACUUCCCUUAUCGCGGUAGCGGCACAUCAGAAGACCCGUAUAUUGUGGAGUGGCUGGAGAACGACCCUGAAAACCCCAAGAAUUACAGCGAGGCUCUACGAUGGAGUACCACGGCAUUGAUAGCAACCAUGACACUCUGCGUUGCCCUUGCCUCGUCCGCAUAUUCAGGUACCGUUGGCUCGCUGCUCGCUGAAUUUAAAUGUAGCCAUGAGGUGAUUACCUUGGGUCUUUCGCUCAUGGUACUCGGAUAUGCCGUGGGACCGUUACUGUGGGCUCCCAUUUCUGAGUCCGUUGGUCGCCGCAAUAUCUUCCUCCUUUCAUAUACUGGAUACACGAUUUUUACUGCUGGUUGCUGCGGCUCGCAAAAUGUGUGGACUCUCAUUAUCCUCCGGUUCUUCACGGGUCUUUUUGGAUCCAGCGCUUUGUGUAUCCCUGGAGGUCAAAUCGCAGAUAUGUUUAAAGCGGAGCUCAGAGGCCUUGGAAUCGGCGUCUUUUGUCUUGCACCUUUUAUUGGGCCUGCUCUUGGUCCCAUCAUUGGUGGUUUCCUAGGCGAAGCAGCUGGUUGGCGCUGGGUAAUGGGUCUUCUGGCUUUAUUCGGGGCGCUAUUGACACUAUUGGCAUUUGUCUUUAUGCCUGAAACAUAUGCACCGGCAUUGUUAAGAGCGCGCGCUGAGCGUUUGUCGCAAGCCACCUCCAAGGUCUAUUUGACUGCCGAAGAUGCGAAGAACCCUGUCAUUUUCAAAGAGUUGGUCAAGCACGCGCUACUUCGACCGUGGGUGUUGCUAUUCCGUGAGCCUAUUGUUUUUAGUCUGACUCUUUACAUGUCAGCAAUCUACGGGACUCUUUACAUGUGCUUUGCUGCAUUCCCGAUCGUGUUCCAGGAAAAGCGUGGCUGGAAUGCCGGUGUUGGAGGCCUCGGCUUUACGGGCGUCUUGGUAGGGCUAAUAGUCGGAAUCCUCAUCAUUUGCUGGGACAAUAAGCGAUAUGUUCGUAUCUACCACGCGACCGACGGAUUCGCACCUCCGGAAUGUCGUCUACCAGCAGUUAUCGCGGGCGGAGUAUCGAUUGUUGUCGGACUGGCCUGGUUUGCUGCCACUGACUCUCCCAAUAUCCACUGGGUGGUUCCAAUCAUGGCUGGAGCUCCAUUUGGUGCAGGAUUUGUCCUGGUGUUCAUAUGCUGUGCCAACUAUCUUAUUGACGCCUAUGUGAUAUUCGCCGCCUCAGUCCUUGCUGCCAAUUCUGUGAUGCGAUCCAUAUUUGCUUGUGUCUUCCCUCUCUUUACCACCUACAUGUUUAAUGAUAUUGGAAUUCAUUGGGGAGUAGCCGUUCCUGGAUUCAUUGCACUAGCCUGUCUUCCAUUCCCCGUCUUGUUCUAUCUAUACGGCUCAAAGAUCAGAGCGCGUUGUAAAUACGCUGCACUGGCAGAAGAACAUCUUCGAAGCACCAAAGUAAAUAGGAGCCUGACCCCUCAACCCUCGACUGACUUCGAAGAAAAUGCGGUUACGAAAGUGUAA